GCCCCUCAGAACACUUGACAACUUUAUUUCUUCUGACCAAAAUGAAGAACUCUCUCUCUCAGUCAUUAUGUUUCGCCUAUGGGGUUUCUAUUAUAAAUCAAUCCAGAAUGCCAUAAUGGAAGCCAUAAAUAAUGGAACUGGUGUAGACACUCGAUGUUACCUAAGCAACAUUCUUCCAAUUCGUCAGCAACAAUCCAAUCCCUUUAUCAAAUUUAUACCAAGCUUUGGUAUCCAGCAAACUCCACACCAAAUUAAUGAUUCACUUACUUGGCAGAAAUUUGAAGAAGGAUACCAUUCAGACUUGGAACAUGGCCCUGAUGAUCUUGAGGUUGGAAUUGCUUUCCAGAAUUUGCCAGGUGCCCAAUUUGCAGAUGGAAUCAUUAUGACAGACCCACCUUUAUUCAUUCAAGACAAGCUAGAAGCUCAGAGUCACAGAAAGGAAGUAACAACCUACUCACCAAAUAUCUUGGAUAAGGGUCUUGUUGAAGUAGAACAUAAGAAAGUGACAGAUGCAUAUGAUGGAAAUCAUAUCUUUGUUUUUGUUACUGAUGCUCAUGCUCGUUCAGAUGAGAAAUAUGAAGAUAAUGUAGUUGUAAUUACAUCAGAAACAAGGAGUGAUUUUUAUGGGAACAUAUUGGCACAAAGGAAGCUUUACAGCAUUGAGUGUUGUUAA